AUGAUCACUCGUGCCCAGAAGAGAAGCCGUGCCGAAACUGAGAAGCAAGAUGAUGAUAACGAACAUAAGCAGCGUUUAAAAGAGGACGAGAUUGUGCUUCCCAGCGACUUUAUUGAGAAACAUACUAAUGAGUUCGUUAUAGGGUGCGAGAGGGUAUUAGAGGUGGACCCCAGCGUUAGGACCAUAAUGUUACUUAACAGUUUUAUGCUUUUUUACCGUACUGAUGAUAGUGAUGACAUUGCAAAAGUCUCCCUUCAGGACGCAUUUACGAGACUGGGGAGUACUAUUAUGGGCCAACAGAUUAGUAAUAACGCCGCGAUGAGUAUAAGAAAACGGUUCAUGGACCAUUUCGAUGGGUUGUUCCCCACUUUCUUGACGUUGCACAAGGAUCUGAAGGACCCGGAGAAACGCAGUAUCAUAAAGGCGUGUGGCCUUAGUGACAGGAAACUGUCAUAUCUUGAAUCGCUGGCAUUGUAUUUCAGCGAGAACUCGAAGGAGAUAGAUACGCUUUUCAAAACUAGGGACAACGACAGUGAGGUUGUUGAUCAUCUUGUUAACAAUAUCAAGGGGAUUGGACCCUGGAGUGCCAAGAUGUUUUUGCUAACGGCACUGAAGCGGUUGAACGUCUUUGUUCCAGAAGAUUUAGGCAUCGCGAGAGGGUUUUCGCGCUAUAUUAGCGACAAACCAGAGCUUUUGGCCGAGUUGAUGAAAAAUAGAGGUAGCGUCAUCAAGAAGAGCAAGAUCAAGCACAAAAAAUUCAAUUGGACCAUCUACGACGACGACAUUAUGGAAGCGUGUGCGGAUAGGUUCGCUCCAUACCGCAGCAUAUUUAUGGUGCUAAUGUGGAGACUGUCCAGCGAGGACACCAUGGCAAUGGUCAAAAUAGAGAAGGAAUUCAUGCAACAGAUCUAG